ACAGAAACGGCGACACGAGAGUGCGAGACGGAAAGCGAAUGAAAGCCGAAACGGCGAGACGAGCGAACGAGACACCGGCACGCACGCACACAUUUCCGUCCCUCGCUCCGCCCGCUGCCGCCGCCGGUUCCAUUGCCGUUCACCUCCGGCCACCGUCUCUAUCCGGUCCCUGCAGCUCUGCACGCCCUUCCGAUCCGUCUCAGGGAUGGAAUUGCGAUCGGACAGUGCCCUCACCCUUCAAUCGCUGCCAGGACCUCCCCCUCGAUCCCCGCCACGGCGCUACCCCUACCCACACGGCGGCGGCGGAGAGGACCGAAUCAGCGCCCUUCCGGACGACGUGCUGCUCCAGGUCAUCGUCCGUUUCCGCUGCGCCCGCGCCGCCGCCCUCACGAGCGCCGUCUCCCGCCGGUGGCGCGGCCUCUGGAGGCACCUCUCCGAGCUCUCCUUCCGCGACAUCCCCUCGGACGCAGCCAGCACCGCCCUCCGCCAGGUCGUCUGCCCCGCACUAUCCCGCCUCGAAAUAGAGAUCCCCGAGGAGCACAGGAUCAUGGACCCUGCCCGCGUCUCCGCGCUGCUCCACGCCGCCGCGCGGCUCGCCCCGGAGGAUCUCGUCGUCGAUCUCUGGGGCCACUGCAAAGACCGUGACAUCCCCAUCCACAUCCCCUCCUUCCAACGCGCCACAUCGAUCAACCUACGCGUGGUCAACCUCUAUCUGACACUACCGGCGGGGGGCAUCGACGAGUUUCCCCUUCUGGAGAGGUUGUCUGUCGCUGGCUGCCGCUUCGACGGCAUGGCUGAGAUGAUCAACCGGUGCCCGAACCUGCGCGUGCUGGAGGUGUGCGGGUGCUGGGGCCUCGACACGGUCAAAAUCCACUCGCCGACGAUCGAGGAGCUUGUCCUGGACAACAACGGUGUGCUGGGUAACCUUGAUGUCGUGGCCCCAGUGCUCGAGCAGUUCAGGCUGCAGGCCACCAUGGGCAGGGACUUCAACGUGCUAUUCUCAGCGCCGAUGGUACGGUAUCUCUGGUGGUGGUGCUCAUGCGGGCAGCGGAAUGUCGGAAUCGGCGAGGCUUGGUACCUGAGAAGCCUGGAUCUGUGGACAGAGGAGAGUGUCUACGUCUUACAGCUCAACAUUGAUUUUUCGACGCAUAUGCCUGUGGACCAUGACUUGAUUCAACAGAUAGCACAGCUUCCUCAAUUUUCUGUUCUGAAGAUAUAUUUGGCAGCAUAUGGACAUGUUUUUGGAGCACCAGUGUUGGAUCUACUUGGGACUUACACUGGUAUACUUAGACUUAAGGUGGUCAUACGAAACUUAGAGAGAACACAAGUAUGCCUGCCAGGUUGCCUUUGUGAUGCAUCCCGGCCAUACUGGAGAAGUCAAAGUAUCCCGCUGCUGUUUCUGGAAGAAAUAGAAAUAGAUGGUUUUGAGGGCACUAGCCAUGAAGUUGAUUUCUUGAAACUUCUGUUCAGAUGCGCAACUCUGAUGAAAAGAAUGACCGUGAGGUUGUCCCGUAAGGUUUUCCCAAGUGAUGGAGGAUACGAGGAAAUGCGCAAGAUUUUCGAGGCGUAUGCAUCCGUGGAAUGCUUAGUUUAUGGUAGCUCUGGGCGGGUUGUUGACAUAUGAUUCUAGUUGUGACAAGAGAGGACAUCCCCAGCCUCCAUCUUAUCAAAAUUUGAGCUACUGCCAUGUCUUCCUUAGCCUAGUCUUGGUGUUCUGCUGAAGAUUUACUGCAAUGCACAGACCAUUUGGCUGUCCUGGAUUUUUUCUGUCAGGUAUGAACUUGGUUGGCAGCAUUGACAGGUCCGAGCAUAAAAGAAGAAUGGAGUGAGACGUGAGGGAGCUAGCUCACUCGACCUGAAAAUUAUGUUUACGGUCCGUAGUGUACAGGUGGUAGAUGCCUAACUGAUGAUACACAUAGCAGGGGCUAUUUUUCGUCUGUGCUUGCCUUGUUUGGCCAGUGCCGUUAGUGUGCAGAUGCAGCUUGUACUGCUGUUUAUACUUUAUACCAAUUACUUGUAUGCAUAGCGGGCGGGCGCCGUAAAUAUGUUACUAUCAGAAACAGAUAUAAUGUAUGAAGCAGAUUUGAUUGAUCUGACCCAGAAUGUAAAUGUCUUCCUAGUCUUGGGUGGGUGACAGAACAUUCAGAGCUUGGGGCACUGCUACCCUCGGCAUAUGGCACAUCAUUCAGUCGGUGAUAUAUACUAGUACUCCAAAGUUGCUCGUAAUUUCCUAGUCGCUUGUUCAGAACAAGAAGAAAGCGGUUUUAUGCAUGGGGAAAAGAGGCACUAACGGUAAUAGCAGCACUCAAUCCUAAACAAGCAAGCAGCAGUGAAGCAAAAGGAGAGGGAAAUACGCUUUGAGGAAGCUCAUCCCAAAGCCAACUUCGCUCAAAAGCUUGUCGCUCCAAUGCACAAAAGCAAGUGGGCGAAUUGUGGAAAGAACCCCAGACCUUGCAUCCCCUGAGAAUGGACUUUUGUAGAUUGGGCUAUAUGGAGACAAUAUUGUAAAUCUAAGAAAUAAAUAGGAUGUAGACAAUACUGUAAUUUACCGGUGUGGAAAUUUUCAGAAUGAAACAUUGUAUUUUGCAAGAAUGACAAUUUGAUAGAA